UUGCAAAAAUUUAAAGCAGUCAAGUAUAAGGAGGAAAAGAUUAGAGAAAUGAAAGAAAACAUGAUUAUUUAAAAUUUACAUAGAUUAAGAACAUAUUAAUUAUGAAUUUAUAAAAUCUAAAAAAAAAUCGCUACAAAAAUAAUUGCCAAUAAAAAAAAUUUCAAAAAAUGAAUUUACAAGAAAUCUAUAGUACCGCCAUAACAGAAACUGUAGCUGCCGUUAUGGAUCCCUCAAUGGCUGUCAGUUAUAAUAAUAUGAAAAAUAAUAAUACAAUUUAUUCCUACGAUACUUCAGCCCCCUCGGGUUGGACAGGUGAUGGUGGAGGAGGAGGUGGCGGAGGUAGUGUUGGUGCUAGUAGUGCUAGUGUUGGCUAUGAAGCUAGUGGAGAUGUAUUUAUUAAUUCAGCCAGCAAUUAUCUUAAUACAAUUGAUGGCAGCAUAAACAAUAACACAAGACAUGGUCCUAUGAAUUUUUCUGAUUUAUAUUAUGGUGAAGAGCGUUGUCAGAAUUUUGAUUUUUUAACAAAUCUAUCAUAUUGGAAUGUAACUUGUGAUUCACCCGUAGAAUACAUUGUACCUUUAUAUGGCUAUAGUAUGCCAUUCCUGCUGAUAACGACAGUACUAUCGAAUUCAUUGAUUGUUCUGAUAUUGAGUAAAAAGAAAAUGUCAACACCAACUAAUUUUGUUCUAAUGGGUAUGGCUAUUUAUGACAUGUUAACGGUGAUAUUUCCUGCCCCUGGUAUUUGGUAUAUGUACACAUUCGGUAAUCAUUAUAAACCGUUGCAGCCGGUGUCAGUAUGUUAUAUUUAUCAAAUAUUAAAUGAGAUAAUGCCUACAAUGUGUCAUACGGCCUCAAUAUGGCUGACUCUCGCUUUAGCAGUGCAAAGAUACAUCUACGUUUGUCACGCCCCCAUGGCUCAUACCUGGUGCACUAUGCCGCGCGUGAAGCGCUGCACUCUUUACAUAACCAUAGCAGCUUUUCUGCAUCAAAGUACGAAGUUACUAGAUCACACUUUUGAACCGGUUGAAAUAAACUGGGAGGGACAAGUGGUGGAAGUUUGUCAUAUGCGUACAGCCAACUGGGUGGAUGAUUAUAUUGGCGAAGAUUUAUAUUAUACAUCAUAUUUUCUAUUUCGAGUGAUAUUUGUACAUCUAGUGCCGUGCAUAAUGUUGGUCACCCUUAAUAUACUGCUAUUUGCAGCCAUGCGUCAAGCCCAGGAAAGAAGAAAACUUCUCUUUAGGGAGAAUCGCAAAAAAGAAUGCAAGAAAUUGAGAGAAAGCAACUGUACAACACUAAUGUUAAUAGUGGUGGUGACAGUAUUCUUAAUUGUCGAGAUACCCAUAGCAGUGGUGACAGCCAUGCAUAUUGUUUCGUCUUUGUAUAUUAAUUUCAUGGAUUAUGAUAGUGCCAACAUUUUAAUAACAUUCACGAAUUUCUUCCUAGUUGUCAGUUAUCCCAUUAACUUUGGUAUCUAUUGUGGUAUGUCGCGUCAAUUCCGUGAGACCUUUAAGGAGAUAUUCUUGGGCAGCAUGGCGGUUAAGAAAGAUAAUUCGUCUAAGUAUUCUAUUGUUAAUGGACCACGUACUUGCACGAACACCAAUGAGACUGUACUCUAGUAAAGGUUUCUUCUAAUGCCGUUUCGCAAAAGUUGGAAACAACGGAGACGGCAUUCAAGCUUUUGCAGCAGUGUCACAGAAAUACCAGUGGGUGGUGGAAGAGGUGAUACAACUGCCACCACUAGUAUAAGUGCUUGUGGUGUAGGUGGUAUUAGCAGUAGUAGUGGUGGUAUUAUAAGUCAUAGAAAUAAUGUAACUAAUAUAGAUUGCGGUGCUGCAAGGCGCUGUAGUGAACAGCAUCAGCAACAUUUUGUUGUGAUGGAUAUUAUCAACGAGGAUAAAGUGGAAGUUUAGAUUUUAAGAGUAUAUCCAUUUUUUUUUUUUUUUUUUUGCUAUAAACUAGUAUUAAUAAUACAACUUCAAAAAUAUAACAAUAGCAGCAGAGUAAUAUUAAUACAAGAAAAAACAUUAAUAAAUAUAAAAAGUAAUAUCUUUAAGUUUGGUGGUUUUGACAAUUGUAUUAUAUAGUUAUGAAAGAGUAAAUGUGUGUCUGUAAGUCUAUACAAAAUGUUUGUUAUAUUUCUAAGGUUUAUAAUAUAAGCUUUAUUUGUACUUUAUAUAAGUAAAUACUGUAAUAAUAGUUAAUAAGGUUUUAUUUAGAAUAUUUUAUUUUCAUCUACUAUUAAUUAUAUAUUUAAUACAUAGUUUUGUUAGUAGAAAGAAGCAGAAAAAAAAUUAAUUCGAAUUUAUUACUAUAUUUUUUAUACCAAUUAAGUAAAUUUUAAUGGAAAUGUAUAAAGAGUUUAAAUGAAGUGCUAUUGUUUGUAAUUGAGAUUUUUGGCUAUGUUAAUUAAAAAGUUACAAUAUCGCAUCUAAUACUACAAAUAUGAAUCUCAAACUAUAAAUGCUGAUAAAUUAAAGUUUUAAGCCAAUUGCAGGGAGGAUUUUAACAUGUUUUAGAGUGUAUUCUAAAUUAUUGUUUCCAAUAUGUUGGUAUUUAGAAAUUUAUAAACUCACAACUAGGAAGUGUAAGACACAAUUUGUAUUUCAAUUUCUUUAAAAUUAACAAGUAUUCUGAGUGGACACACAGGAUUGCAUGUGUGUAUUCCGAACAAUGAAGAACAUGUGUAUAGAAGAUAGUGAAACUCAGAAGCACUUUCAGGCACUCGUCGAAGUCAGAUCCAAGUAACUUAGGAGUGAUAUUAUAAAGGAAAAAAUAUUCCUCAAGAACCCUAAUUGGAAAAUUCUCAGGAAUUACGUCCAGUAUACUAAGUUUCUAAACACAAAUAUACCAAUAGAAGCAUCACUGUAUACUUCUUCCUAUCAAUCUAAUCUAACAUAAUCAUGCAUACUUGUCUAGUCUAUAGUGUAAUCUAUAUAAAUAGUAUAUGUGUUAGUCAAUUGCGCUCAAACAGUCAAGUAGAGUCAAAGAGAAUUAAUUUUAACAGAACCACUCAACUCUUCAGAUGUAGCAUUAUAUACUAUUGGAUCCUAAAACUAAGGAUCCUUAAACUAAGGGAAUAAAAUGGUUUCAGGCCAGACAGCUUAUGAAGAUUGGAUAUAAAGUAGCCAAAGAAUGUACUUCUCUUUGGUAGCUAGAGCAUAGAAGCCAAUUUGUUCACUAUCCCCGUCCUUGAAUCUUCAAAAGUAUUUAUUGAAGGGAGAUCAAUCUGAUUUGCGUGCCCGCAUAUCAUCUAGUGUCUAAUAUUUACUUCCACAAGCCUCCGUAUACUCCUGGAGCGUUUAGCAUUGAAAAGUCUUAUAAACUUGGUCCCAAUUUUCUAGUGUAUAGUCAAGUCUUUAAACUUGUCUAUAGUGUAAACUGUAGAACUGUCUAGUCUAUACUCUAGUUUAUAGUAAAUAAUAUAUAGACUUGUUUAUAGUCUAUACUAAAUCGGGUCUAUUGCAAUGUCCAAUCUAUAGUCAUGCCUCGAUUAGUCUAUAGUCUACUCAAUAGUAUAGACCAGACUCUAGAGUAGGACAUAGGCUUAACUAUCUCCUACUCUAGAGUCUGGUCUUAAAUUAUUAAAAUAGUCUAUUGUCUAUAGUUAAGUUUGUAGUAUAGUUUAAGGCCUAGCUAUAGACUAAAGGCUAGAGAAUUGAGACUGUUAAUUAUUUAAUCUCUAAAAAGAAUAAAAAAUAAAAAUUUCCAAAAAUUUAAAAUUUUCUCCACUGCAACAGCUUCAAUACUUUAUUUUGUCAGUUAUUUAAAACACACAAUAAAUAAUACUAUUAUAAAAAUACAUAUGUAUGUGUGCACAAACUGUAAACAACUAUUAAAUAGAUAAAUAUUUAAAUUUGUAAACUUAAAAG